CCGGAGACUAGACUCCCUUCCUGGUUGUGCAGAUGGCUGUUGUCUGGGACGGUGAUCUGAUCCUCGGAAUCACAGACUUGGAAACACUGGCAGCCUCACCCAUUCCUAGAAAUCGAAACUGAAAAGGCCUGUGCCUGGGUUCAUCCCGCCUGGGAGACGCCGGAGCCUCAGGCUGCAGAGGGAAGGAAAGCUUCAGGGCCUGAGGAUGGGGCAGGGACUCAGCAACACCCAGGCCUCAGGGCUGGAUGGGUUCAUAGAUUACUACCUCCAACCUAACACCAGCUUCCAUAAUGAUGUCAGAACUGUCAUCAACACGACGUGUGCCUUCCUGAAGGAGAGAUGCUUCCGAGACACGGACUACUCUGUGAGGGUUUCCAAGGUGGUGAAGGGUGGCUCCUCGGGCAAAGGGAAAAUGCUCACGGGCAGGUCAGAUGCCAACCUCGUGGUGUUCCUUAACAAUCUCGCCAGUAUUGAGGAUCAGUUAAAGCAACGAGGAGAAUUCCUAAAGGAGAUUGAGAAACAGUUGUGCCAGUUACAGGGCGAGCAAAAUUUCCCAGUGAAAUUUGAGGUCCUCAGAUCAUGGAGGAACAACUCCCCUGGGAUAAUCUUGAAGCUGAGUUCCUCUGAGCUCCAGCAGGAGGUGGAGUUUGAUGUUCUGCUGGCCUAUGAUAUCCUGGGUGAUGUCAACGUCUACAACAAGCCUGACCCCCAAAUCUACAGAAGGCUCAUCAGUGACUGUACCUCCCUGGGGAAGGAAGGCGAGUUCUCCACCUGCUUCACCGAGCUCCAGAGAAACUUCCUGAAGGAUCGUCCACCCAAGCUCAAGAAUCUCAUCCGCCUGGUCAAGCACUGGUACCAACUGUGUAAGGAGAAGCUGGGUGAGCCGCUGCCCCCACAGUAUGCCCUGGAGCUGCUCACAGUCUACGCCUGGGAACGUGGGAGUGGAGUCACUGAGUUCGACACAGCCCGGGGCUUCCGGACAGUUUUGGAACUGAUCACAAAAUACAAACAGCUUCAAAUCCAUUGGACAGUUUAUUAUGACUUUCAAGACCAGGAGAUCGCAAACUACCUGCUGAGUCGGCUCACAAGAGUCAGACCUGUGAUCCUGGAUCCAGCUGACCCAACAAGGAAUGUGGUUGGUUCGAAUCCAGAAGGCUGGUGGCGGCUGGCAGGCGAGGCUACAGUCUGGCUGCAAUACCCAUGCAUUAAAAAUUGGGAUACUUCCCGAGUGCGCUCCUGGGAUGUGCCGCUGACCACUUACCAAGAGAUCAAGGUACGUCCUUGGCUCGGCUCCACCGUUCAUUAAAGCAGUCCUUGAGGAACUGAAGUAUGCCCCACGCCACAUGAGCCUGGGAAACUUUAUUAAUUAUGAAACAGAAACGGCUAAAGUUGAAAUGUUACGAGGGAAUCGUCAUAGUGAAUCAGAUUUAGAGAGAAAAGGAGAGUUAGAGAAAAUUCCCCUUUAUGGAAAGAUUAGCUAGAUCUCGGAAGCCCUGGUGUCUUUAUUGUAAGAAGGAAAGAAAGGAAAUUAUUGAAAACAUGAGACCAGCUUUAAUAUAUUGGUAUAGGAACUAUCAUGAGGAAACGAGAAAACUAUUAGAGAAUAUGGAGCAAAGAAUAAAAGACUAUAUAGAUAAAAGCUAGACCCAGGACCCUGAGAACUAGUCCCCCACGGUAGAAUGUGGUUAAUGGUGUGAGACAAAACAAAACUGAAAGUCCUUGCCAACAUCUUGAGCACGUAGAGGGGAGCACGUAGAGGGAGCUCUAUUUUGAUUAUGCUUAGCCUUGAUUUAUGUCUGGAACCUUGAGUGGGGUGAUGUAAUGAGCCUGCCAAGUUCUUUGAUCUGUUUUGUACAAAAACUGAAGCUUUGCAGAAGUAAAAUUGCAGCAGAUUUUCACUA